UGGGGGGUACUUUUAUGUGGCUGUGGGGACAUUUCUGGCCCAUGGCUUUUCCCAAAAAGCCUUCUGGGUGUGGAAGGAGGAAGGGACAUCUGAUGGCUUUUCUGUUUGCUAACAGGCUUCCUUCUUUUCCACAGCAAUUUUCUGCUCUCACAGAGGUGGUUUUUCAAUUCCUGCGAGGACCGAAAGAGGUGGAGAGAUUUCUAGCCCAGCUUUCUGAGUUUGCUGCGGGGAAUAAGAUCAGCCUGGGCCCUCUGAAGAACAUUGUCAAAAGCCUCCUGCUGGUGCCCAAUGGUGCCUUAAAGAGGACUCUGUCUGCAGAACAAGUCAGAGCAGAUCUUAUCACCCUGGGGCUCAGCGAGGAAAAGGCCAGGUAUUUCGAAGAGCAGUGGAAGGAAAAUUCUCCAGCCCUCUCACGGCUGGCUGUGGGGCAGACGCUGAUGGUUAACCAGCUAAUAGACAUGGAGUGGAAAUUUGGAGUUACGGCAGGAAGCAGCGAGCUGGAGAAGGUGGGGAGCAUCUUCUUGCAGCUGAAAUUGGUGGUGAAGAAAGGCAGCCAGGUGGAACCUGUGUACCUAGAAUUAACACUGCCCCAGUUUUACAGCUUUCUUCACGAGAUGGAAAGAAUUAAGACGAGCUUGGAGAGCCUCAGCUGACUUUCCUGCCAAAUAGGCUGCUGUGGGACAUCACCGUCUGGACCAGGUGGGGCCGGCAAGGCCUCUCCCCAGCCUCUCUUCCUUCGACUGAGAAAAAGGCAAUCAGUCCUUUUUUUAGUGCAGUGUUUCUCAACGUUGGCAACUUUAAGAGGUGUGGACGUCAACUCCCAGAAUUCCCCAGCCAGCAAAGCUCUUUGCUCUUUGCCCACACCUCUUAAAGUUGCCAACGUUGAGAAACACUGAUUUAGUGGGUGAAAAACAGUUCGGGGGGAAUGAUUUGUAAAACCUGGCAGAGUCCAGCUUUAUAUAAAAGGACAAGAUGGGUACUGGUUAUCAAAAAAAAGGAAGCAAAAAAUAAAGUCUCUCCUUUCCAAG